AUGGCGGGCGAUCCGGAGCGAGACUAUGACGAUCGUCACUACUGGGCCCGGGAAGAAAAAGGUCAAUACAUCAAAGUUGCUGCCUCGUCGAACGCUUUUCGGCCUCCCUUAACGCGUGCUUUUUGGGUGGAGAUCCGAAUUUCUAAGAGCCGCGGAUCUCUUGAUUUGGACGCUAGAUGGGGCGAUGCCAAAAAAGCAGGCAUGAAGACCCAGAAACAAUUCCUGAACUUUUGCGCCGGAGCCGUGAUUUAUGCCUGUGACAGGAAACAAGUGCCGUCCAACAGUAUCAAGACUGUAAGGGUGCGAUAUUAUGAUGAUUUUGAAGCAUCGGUCCUCCAAAAGCUUCAAAGAGGAUUGGAGAGGGAUCGCACAAUCAAGAGGGGUGGGCGAAAGGACGAGGAGUUUCUUGUGUUGCUCGGUGGGUCGGCUGGGACGAUUAUGAGCGCGAUCCGCCCACCAGCGCAGAGAUUCCUCAAGGGAACGCACUCAGGAAACCAGUGGAUGCCUGCCGCGAUGAAUUCCGAGACGAUUUUUUAUCCUGGUGGAAAUCAAGAACCGUAUUGGGUCUUCGAUUUUGGAGGUGCACCUCCACCAGAGGCUCAAUGCGAUCCGCCACCGUAUUUGGAUCCGCCGCCGUAUUUGUCGUCAGAUCCGCCGCCGUAUACUGGGCCUGCAUGA